AUGAAAAGUUCCGUUUUCAGAAGCUUCUUGCAAUGCGAGGAAGUGAAGAAAUCCAAAGAAUUGGUUAUUUUAGAUGGACCCGAUAACGUCUUACAUUUAGCAAACCUAAUUCUUGCAUUCUGUGAAAACGGAAGCUUCUUGCAAUACGAGGUAGUGAAGAAAUCGAAAGAAUUGAUUCUUAUAGAUGGACCCGAUAACGUCUUACAUUUAGCAAACUUCUUUGUAACUGGUGAUCCGAAACUGAAAUCGUUCAGAGACGCUAUAAACGUAUUCAGAAUGGCAGAGUAUUACGAAAUAGAAGAACUUCGGAGUAUCUGCAGGAAAUACUUACUUCAUAAUUUACACUUGUCUAACGUGUGCGAAGUCUACGAGUUUGCAUGCGAGAAAGAGGAUGACUUACUAAAGUUCAACUGUUGGAAAAUAUUCGAUAAUUGCUGGUUUACUGUUAUCCACAGUUCCAGUUUUCUCCAAUCCGGAACAGAAACAAUAAUGACAUUCGUUUCACGACCAAAAUACAAAGCAUUCAACGAGUUUAUACUCUUCAAGAGCAUUUAUAAUUGGGCGUGCCGCAAAUACUUUAAUAACAGGGAUGAUGAAGAAGAAGCUGUGAAAUUUGAAAAAAUUCGUGAAUACAUGCUACCAUAUUUACCGCUCGUACGAUUUCUAUCAAUGAAUACAGAUGAAUUACGGAAAGUAUUUUCUACAAACGUUCUGACAUCUUCAGAGAUAAAGUAUAUUACCUCAUCCAUGAAUAAUUGCCUUCAUCCACGCGCUCGAACAAUUUGUUCUCUUUCAAAGAAAAGAACAGAAGAAUGUUACAGCUCAUUAAUCGUUUACGUCAAUAGACACGAACACGGAGAUCGUCUGGAACGUUUCGUCGAUGCCGAAACGAAUUUUUACUGCACGUUUUACUCAUUAGAGAAUUGUUUCUUGACACAUGUCAUUCUACCUAUCAAGAAACCGACAUCUACCCCAAUCGAUGGCGUUAGAAUGGCAUUAACUUAUUCUGGGUUCUCGUUGACUGGGAAUUAUUCUUGUUCUAGCUCGGGUGAAAUCUCUCUGGAAUGUCCAAAAUAUUUGAAUAAAAGAGAAUUGGUAACUAUUGUGUGCCAACUUCCAACAAAUUUAUUGUUAAGUGAGAGAAUAAAAGUAUGUCUUGGAGCAAAGCUUUUCGUGACACCAAUUGAAACUCUCAGCAGAGAUCCACUUGAAAAACCUUGGAAUAAAUACUAUCUCAAAAUUAGAUUAUAUUUUUAAAAAAAUUAAUAAAACUAUUUAAAUGAAAUAGUUUGUAAUUUGUAAAAUACUGUAUGUCAGUUGGAAUAAAAUACGUUUUUCCAUCAUGUGUCGUAUUUUCCUUAAUAUCCAUAUUGAUGAGCGUUGGCGUAACUUUAUAUUCUGUUGAAAUAGGUCAAUAGGAGUGAGGAGGGUGUUAAGUUCGUUCUUGUCUCUUUGCUUCGGAUUCCAUU